CAAUAAGAACAUUAUAAGUAGAUUUAACUUCUUAUAAAGAUUUCAAACAUAUUUUUGAAGCUCAAUAUAAACUAUUAAUAACUCCGGGAAGGACGGGACAGGGGUGCUCAGGUGUUUCCUACCUGCUCCUUCCAGCCCUUGAGAAAUAAUCAGGCAGAGAAAAGUCGAUUUACCUGUAGCCCGGGUUCUGGCAUCCCUCACUCGCGCUCUGUCUUCUGUUACCUGCACCGACUUGAAAGUCCAGUUUCACAAGGAAGAACCGCGGAGGAAGAGAAAUAUGUCACAGGAGACAGACAGUAAGAGGCUGGUUGUAGUGGUGCCCAAUGAGCCGUCUUUCCACCAGCGGCGGCCCUACACGAGCGAGGAUGAGGCCUGGAGGUCUUACCUGGAGAAUCCACUUACUGCGGCCACAAAGGCUAUGAUGAGCAUCAAUGGAGAUGAAGACAGUGCUGCCGCCCUGGGGCUCCUUUAUGAGUACUACAAGGUGCCCAAAGAUAAGAGAGUACCUAUCAGCAAAGUGGUUGAAAUGUCAGACGAACCGGAAAAGAGAAGCACACCAGUGGGAAACAGCAGCCAAAUGGAGCCGGAGACGGUGGAUAAUCAUGUCCAAGUCCUGAAAUCAGUGCCUGUUAAUCUGUCACUCAACACGGAUCACCAGGACAAUAAACGGGAACAGUACAGCGUGCCGGCUGGAGAGAGCGGGACGGCUGCUGUGGUAAAAGCUGAAGCGCACACUGCUGUCUUUAUGACUUCAGGGGGACACUACAGGACAGAAGGGGAGGAGCAGAUGCGGGUCAUCUGUGAACAGACCCACUCAUUCGACACCUCCACCAUAAAUCACAGUGCAUAUGGAAAAGAUGACCAUCGCAGUAGUCCAGAAAGCACAUAUGAAGAUGACAGCAAUGAAAAGUACCGCUCGUCUUCGAUUGGACCUGAUGACUUCAUUUUUGACCAGUCACAUAUGUUAGACACAUUUCAAUACACACUAGAGGCCAGCAAGUCAUUGCGGCAAAAGCAGGGCGAGGGGCCUAUGACUUAUCUGAACAAGGGCCAGUUCUAUGCUAUUACACUAAGUGAGACAAGUGCUAAUAAACGCCUUCGACAUCCCAUCAGCAAAGUGAGGAGUGUCGUCAUGGUUGUAUUCAGUGAGGAUAAGAAUCGAGAUGAGCAACUUAAAUACUGGAAGUAUUGGCACUCCCGCCAGCACACGGCGAAGCAGAGGGUUCUGGACAUUGCUGACUACAAGGAGAGCUUCAACACAAUUGGAAAUAUUGAAGAAAUUGCAUACAACGCUGUGUCUUUCACCUGGGACCUGAACGAGGAGGCCAAGAUCUUCAUCACGGUGAACUGUCUAAGCACAGAUUUCUCCUCUCAGAAGGGGGUGAAAGGUCUUCCUCUGAUGAUACAGAUUGACACCUACAGCUACAACAACCGCAGUAACAAACCCCUGCACAGAGCCUACUGCCAGAUCAAGGUCUUCUGUGACAAGGGAGCGGAGAGGAAGAUCAGAGAUGAGGAGAGGAAACAAAACCGCAAGAAGACAAAAGGAAAGGAUGGAGGCAGCGGGACCGUUACUGUCCCGAAAAAAUGUGACAGCACCCUCUUCAAAACGAUGACUGAUUUGGAUGCCCAGCCAGUUCUCUUUAUCCCGGAUGUGCACUUUGGGAACCUACAGAGGGCAGGCCAGGUAUUUGCAUUCAAUACAGAGGAAAUUGAAUGUGAGGGGAGUGUGCUGGUGAAGAGGAUGUUCCGGUCAUCUGAGGAAGACUUCUGCCCACCGCCACAUAAACAGCUCAGAGAAGACACACAGAAGAGAGUGCUGUUGUACGUGAGGAAGGAGUCAGACGAGGUGUUUGAUGCUCUGAUGUUGCGGUCGCCCACUGUCAGAGGACUCAUGGAUGCAAUUUCUGAGAAGUAUGGUGUUCCCAUUGACAGAAUGGCUAAGAUUUACAAAAAGAGCAAGAAAGGGAUUCUGGUGAACAUGGACGACAACAUCAUCGAGCACUACUCAAACGAGGACACGUUUAUCCUGAAUAUCGAGAGCUACGCAGACGCAUACAAAAUCACUUUAACGGAAAUAUGAGCACGGUUACAAAACCCUUCUGUCGUUCAGUCUGCUUAAGCUAAAAGACUCUAAUCUGGUCAGAUUCAAUAUCAACUGUCCAUCGAUUGAAUUGACAUCAGCAAAAAACGGACUUACCUCAUUUUUAAGAGACCUCAAGUAUGAUUCGAAACAGUCACCACUAGAAGAUUCCCUGCAUGCCAAAAAUGUCCACGGUUUUACUCUUCUACUGUUUCGAAAGUAAAACACGCCGGAUUCCUCAUCGACCAUUCAUAGGAAUUCAUGUAUAGAUAUACUUACAUCUCAUUGGUUUUGAUGACAUAAUCUUGCUUGAAUUUCACUGGGAUAUUCCAACGGAUUUCAUUUAAGAGAAAAGGGUAACACUUUAGAAUAACCAUCCAUUAUAACUAGUUAAUAGACCAUUAAUAAACUGUUAGUUAAAAGGUUGUAAAUGACUUGUUAAAUAAAAGUUAAUAGUUUGUUAAUUAUUUAUAACUGUGCCUUAUAAAUAACUAAUCAAUAACUUACGAGCUGUUAGUUAACAAGUUGUAAAUGACUUGUUAACUGUAUUUUAAUGAUUUAUAACUAUACCUAAUAAAUUAUUAAGAGAUCCUAAACAAGCUGUUAGUAAAUUGCUUACUAAAGACUUGUGAAGUAUCCGUUAAUAGUAUAUAUAUGUUAUUGGGACGUUAUUCUAAAGUUGCAAAUAUUCAUUUAUUAACUGUUAGUAAAUGAAGAAUAGUUGCAACUAGAAUAAUGUCUCAAUAACAUACUUAAGCUAUUAACUAACACUUAACUAAUAUAUUAACUCACACUUUACAGAUCAGUUGUUCAUCGUUUGUUUACCAUCUACUAAUACCAGUGAAACUUUGUAGAGGA